UUACAUAGCGCGCGUCAUUUCUUCACCACUCAAGGGCGCUAGAGGCGGUUGCUUAGGAACAUUGACGCGGGAAAUUCAGCUAGAAUUUCGUCUGCUUCCCACUCCGCUACAAAAUUUACAAAUAUGCCACUUUCGAAAAGGAAAAGAUUGGCAAUCGCCCUUUAUUUGGCAAACAAUACGGAGCAAAAGCAAAGGGAACAUUGGGUUCAUCCCAUAUUAAAAAGAAGGAAAGAGCUUGGUGAGUACCAUAGACUUGUCCAAGAAAUGAGACUUGAAAGAACGGUUGCAUUUCGUAACCAAUACCGCCUGGACCCUGGUAUGUUUGAUGACCUGAGGAGUCUAGUGGCUCCUUACAUAACUAAAACCACGACUAAUUUCCGAGAACCUAUAUCUCCUGAAGAGAGGCUUGGAAUAACAUUAAGAUUUUUAGCAACAGGGGAUUCUUAUACCACAAUAGCAGAUUCAUAUAGGACAUCGAAAUCAACAGUUUCAGGAAUAGUUACAGAAACUUGUGAGGCAAUUUGGACAUCACUCAAAAAAGAAUAUUUAAGCCCGCCAACAGUUACAAAAUGGAAGCAAAUCGCUGAAGAGUAUGAGAAAAAGUGGAAUUUCCCACAUUGCAUAGGGAGCAUAGAUGGGAAACAUAUACAAAUUCAAGCACCGGUGAAUUCAGGGUCCCUUUAUUACAAUUACAAGCACACCUUCAGCAUUGUGCUAAUGGCCCUUGUCGACGCCAAUUAUAAUUUUGUUUUUGUCGAUGUGGGAGCUUACGGAAAGCAGAGUGAUGGAAGUGUUUUCUCCCACUCUGCUCUCGGUAAGCUCAUGAAUGAAGGGGCCCUGAAUUUGCCGGAUGAAACAACGCUUACUAACAGCUCAAAAAAGGCUCCCUAUGUGAUAGUGGGGGAUGAAGCCUUCCCACUACAGAAGCACCUGAUGAGACCAUACCCGGGGCGAAAUUUGCCAAUUGAUGAAAAAGUUUUCAACUACAGGCUAUCCAGGGCAAGGCGAGUAGUAGAAAAUGCAUUUGGUAUAAUGAGUGCGAAGUGGAGAGUUUUUAGGAGGCCCAUGGGUGUGUCGCCACAAAACGCAGAGUUGGUUGUGAAGGCAGCAUGUUGUUUGCAUAAUUAUGUAAGACGCCAUACACUGAUAGAUGCAGGUGAAGUGGAUAGGGAAGACCUGGAGGGAAACAUAACAAGAGGAAGUUGGCGGGUACAACAGUUUUUUGCCCCUGCAAAGGCAAGGUCGCAGAAAUAGUGUAGGGGCGGCGGCUGUUCGCGACAGCUUUAAAA